UUAUAAAAUUAUAAAAAAAUUUAUAUCUGUCAACUUCAGAUCAUAAAGUGACCAUUUUUCUUUGUGCCUCGUAUCCCGUACCAUCGGUCGAAUAGUUACUGUCAAUAACAAACAAUUUUUUAUUUUUAUUAUUAAGUAGUAAUGAGUUCAAUUAAAUAACAUUUAAUCAAUGUUCAAAGUAAUGGCAGUUGCUACCACCAACGAAUUCGGCCCAGAUUCUGGUGGUCGUGUAAAGGGCGUAACAAUUGUCAAACCAUUGGUAUAUGGAAAUGUAGCAAGGUUUUUUGGUAAAAAACGUGAAGAAGAUGGUCAUACUCAUCAGUGGACCGUGUAUGUAAAACCAUACAAUAACGAGGAUAUGUCGGCGUAUGUCAAAAAAGUACACUUUAAACUCCAUGAGAGUUACAAUAAUCAAAAUAGAAUUGUUACAAAACCUCCGUAUGAAGUUACUGAAACUGGUUGGGGAGAAUUUGAAAUAGUUAUUAAAAUUUAUUUCAAUGAUCCUAAUGAAAGACCGGUCACUAUUUAUCACAUAUUAAAGCUAUUUCAAUCACCACCAGAAGCACAGAAUGGUAAAAAAAAUUUAGUGUCUGAAUUUUAUGAAGAAAUAGUAUUUCAAGAUCCCACACAGCUGAUGCAACAUCUGCUCAGUACUACAAGGCCGAUGACCCAUGGACCAUGGAAACAUGAAACUGAUUUUGAAGCUAAAAAACAGAGCACAUUGAAAGCUAUUGCUGAGGCACGUAAUAAAAUUCGUCAAGAGGUUAUUGAGUAUAAGGAAAAAUUGACACUGGCUAAAGAAACAAUAGCGCAAUUUAAAGAUGAGAUUGCCGCCGUAUCGAAAGCUCCUUUAUCGGGAGCUCACUAAAAAUGACUGAUAAAAUAAAUAAUACAACUAAUUUUUUAUAAAAAUUUAUAUUUUUAAGUAUUUAAUUAAUUAAUUAUAAAUAUUGUUUAUUAAAAAAUGGAAACAACAGCGAUAUAAUCUCAAAUAUUUUUCCUCAAUUAUUAUCUUUCUCCUCCCUCUUAAAUUUAUGCUAAUAAUACGUGUAAUACAUUCGAGAAUUCAAUUUUAACUUGCAGUUGCGAACUAUACGCAUUUCAGUAUUUGGCCUAUAUUUAUAAACUAAUAAAAUAUAUCUUACAGAA